AUGGAAACUGGGUUGAAUUUUAAAUUGCCGGUGAACACGGACGAGCUGCGGCACCAGGUCAUGAUCAACCAGUUUGUGCUGGCAGCGGGCUGCGUGUCCCACCAGAUGCAGCAGCUGCUGCAGGCAGCGCACUGGCAGUUCGAGACCGCCCUGAGCACGUUCUUCCAAGAGAGCAACAUUCCUAAGAGCCACCACCACACGCAGAUGAUGUGUACUCCCAGCAACACCCCUGCCACACCACCUAACUUUCCUGAUGCACUAGCCAUGUUCUCCAAGCUUCGAGCCUCUGAGGGCCUGCAGAACAGCAACAGCCCCAUGACAGCUGUGGCUUGCUCCCCGCUCCCCGCUGCAAACUUCAGCCCCUUCUGGGCCGCAUCCCCACCCAACCACCAGAUGCCCUGGAUCCCACCCUCUUCCCCCAAUUCCUUCCAUCAUCUCCACUGCCCACAGCCCAGUGGGGCGCCCAGCAGAAAGCCGUGACAGCAAUGGAUGGCCAGAGAUGAGACUGGAUGGCACUGGGCUGGAGCAGGGGGCAGUCCAGGGUUGUGGGGACACAGAGGAGGGCUGGAGAGGGAGCAGGAACACAAGAGGGUGGGGGAUUUCUUGAAGAUCGCACUGGAAGAUUUUAUAAGAGAAUUUUUGUGGGGUAGGGGGGACAGUAAACGUCCU